AUGGGGCCUCCAGGUUAUGAUGGAAGUCCAGAUGCGUUACCUGGCAUGGCCCAGUCAGGAAUGGACCAAACCCGUAAACGACCAAAUCCACAGCAAAUUCAGCAGAUGCAGCAGCUACAGUUUGCUCAGAAUAGGACCCAUAGUGCUAAGAAGAAGAAGAUGGCAUAUAAAAUUCUAUCUCAGAGGAUUCUGGAACUGGUAUCUGAAGCUCAGGCUUACAUGGAUUUACUGGCGUUUGAGAGAAACUUUGACCAGACGAUUAUGAGAAAUGUAUAUACUUGA